GUCCUGGGAUGGGCUCUCACCGUCCGGCUACUCUUCCCACCGCGAUUGGUCCUGAAUUCGCCUCCAGAUCUCCCUGCAAGCUUCCUGUCGACAAGGGUCCAUGCAAAAGGAACACUGUUCGUUAUCACUUCGACGGACUGAGUGGUAGUUGCAAGCAGUUCAAUUACGGUGGAUGCAAAGGCAACAGGAACAAUUUUCACUCGGAGGCGGACUGUUUGACAAGAUGCAAAAGAUAA